UAUAUUUUGACAGAGAAUAAGUGCAGUUGCAUUUUAUAUUUUCAACGAAGUUAAGAUAAUGUGAAUUGCUGACCUUUGGUUGCAGCUACAAUUGUGAAAUUUGAGAUUAAUGUAGAUGUUCUUUGUGCAAACAUCCAAGCUAAUUAUGGAACUACUUUUCGGCAGAUUUUCAAAAUCAAAAACAUAAUCUUAUAAUGGCUUCUAACAAAAAAUAGCAGCUGCAACAUAUCACAAAUCUUCAAAAACUACAGAAAACGUGGAACAGUCGUAAGAAGACACAGUCUUGGGUUGAAGUUGGAAACUUUGUUACUUUAGAAGUGUUAACAAUCAAACAAAAUGCCUAUUCUAUACAGCGUAAUAUCUCGGGGCAGCACCGUGCUGGCUAAAUAUGCGGAGUGUGUGGGAAACUUUGCCGAGGUCACCGAACAGAUAAUCUCUAAAAUCGCAAUGGAGAAUCACAAAUUGACAUAUUCGCAUGGCGAAUAUUUAAUACAUUAUAUAUGUGAAAAUCGCAUAAUCUAUAUGUGCAUCACAGACAACGAAUUUGAUCGUACACGAGCCUUUUUAUUUCUGGCUGACAUUAAACAGAAGUUUAUACAUACUUAUGGACUGCAAGUGGCGACAGCUAUUGCCUAUGCAAUGAAUACCGAGUUUUCGAAGGUACUGGCGGAACAAAUGACACAUUUCAGUCAGUCGCGGGAGGUGGACAUGAUUUCGCGAGUCCAUGGCCAAAUUGACGAAUUAAAAGAUAUAAUGGUGAAAAAUAUAGAUAGUCUUCGUGAUCGAGGCGAAAGAUUGGAAUUGCUUGUGAAUAAAACGGAAAAUCUUAGUAAUAAUUCUGUUGCAUUCCGUAAGGCAUCACGUAAUUUGGCACGACAAAUGUUCUGGAAAAAGGUUCGCAUCUAUGUAGUGGUGGUGUUAAUAAUAAUAUUUGUAAUCUAUGUGAUUAUAAGUAUGUUCUGCGGUGGACUGGCAUGGCAGAGUUGUGUUGCAAACUGAAAUACUGCAAACGUUUUCCAUGCAAAUUUAUUCUAAAUACCAUACGUAUUUACAUUUUGAAUAUCACAUAUUUAUAUUAAACUAAAAUCUUUGUUUUACUUUA